GCUUUUGAGAAGUCCGUAUAAGAAGCCAGGUGGUUAUUUAGGAUUCUAGAGCCAGAAGAUAGACACAAGCUCAAAUAAACAGUAAAUCUAAGCUAGCGUACAACACCUACCCAGUGUAGGUGCAACACGGCCGAGCCGAGCAGACCCGAUCUGGGCCGCCGCCGCACUUUCCACCUCCAAUCCACCCGCCGUGCACCGCCAGAUGUCCAUAUCCCCACGGCCGCCGUGCGUUGUCGCCCGGGCCGUCCCAGCCGAUGGCCGCGGCCCCCAGCGGCGGCAGCGGCGAGGAGGAGGAGGUGGGGGUGGACUGGCAGCACGUUGAGAUCUGCCAGUAUAAAUCUCUCGUCUUCGAGUGCCCCCGCGGGCUCUACCGCAGCCCCGUCCCCGUCCCCGAGGCCGACAGCCGGCGCCGCCGCGUGCUCCUCCGCCUCCGCGAAAAGUACCUCCGAGAGCUCGCUCGCUGGGAGGCCCUUGCCUCCCAACACAUCGUCCCGCGCCCCGCUCCCCUGCCGCCUCCUCCCCAAGAUUCUUCUGCGGCUCCCCAUCCCGCCGCUGCCGCCACAACCUCAGCUUUCGCCCUUGACGACCUCCUCACCCAGGUAGAGCUGCAGGAGCAGCUGCUCAAGAAGGUGACCGAGUUAUGCGACGAGCUGGACGCGCUCUGCAAUGCGGGAGAGUCGGACAUGGUGGAUGCCAUUACCGUGUUGCCGGUGUGGGGCGACCCGCGGGGACUCAUGAAGUCGCUGUGUUCAGAUGAGUAGGCUGUGUCCCUGGUACCAGCUACUCUAGUGGCUGAUAAUGGCGCGCCUAAUGACCUCUUGAGCCCCUUUCGACGGUAAUUAUUUCCUCCUAGUGUAAAGAUAAGCUAAUUGAUGCUCUUCCUAGUCCAGAUGAGAUCGGUGCAGGGAAAAGUUGACAGUAUUGUGGAGAGGCAUGGUUGAGGCCUCAUUUUCUUCUGAUUCUUCUGGUAGUGGCCUUCUUGAGUUUCUUGUUGAUGUGAUCAGUCGUCUAGUCGUGUGCAUUCAUCGUAUCAGGGAGCAGAUGGAAAUCGUCGACAACAACGCCAGAGCCACGGUUGUGCCUGCCGUUCUAAAAAAAAAAAAACUUGUGCCUUUGUUGUCCUCUGAGGCGUAGUGACUGAAGCUCUGCUGCCGAGCGCCAAAAAUCUUUUCAUUGCCUCAUCGACACGCUUCUGAAUAUCGUCUGCUUUCUCUCGAGCCUGCAUGUACCUAUCUUCCAUCAGUGUCCUAAACGACUGAAAUCUGCAGCUCUUCAUUUGCUUUCUCAGGAUCAAGGAUGAAUUGAAUUGGGUUUCUAAUUUAAUUUUGAUGAAAUAAAAUCGUUCUCUGGUUCCAA